AUGCUUGAAGAAGAGGAACAAUUACAAUUGCAAAGAAACGAGGCAGAAGAAAGGGAGAAGCGGAUGGAGGAUAUACAUAAGCGCAAGGAGGCCGCGAAAACUUUUGCUAAUCCCAGCUCGCCGGAUGAAUCAUUGCCACACGGGUCUUACACUUCGGGCGGUGACUCCGAUGACGAAUCAGAUGAGGGCCUGCUCGAAGAGGAAUUCGAUUGGGAUUCUGCACAGCACCACCGAGAAGUGGCCCUGGAGUAUUAUAAGAAGCGUCAUGUUAUUGGUGCAGAGGCUACCCGAGCGAUGACUUCGCACACGCAUGAUGAUGAAGAAUGGAACCAAGGGGAUAUUACCCCAAAUCAGCGCCCAAAACCUAGCGUGUCGCGCUUCAGGGCUGAUCAUAUGGCCAUGGCAUAUGACAGAUCUACCUCUACUUCGCUUGGUCCAUCAGUUAUCCCGGCCUCUCGACAAAAAUCCUUGCAAGAAGCUAUCCGGUUGGGAAAAGUUGAAAACAACCAUCUUGUUGGCGGCGAGGAGGGGGAAAGCGGAAGCGAGGAUGAGGCCGUCCGAGAGGUCUUGGAGCUUCUGAGCAAUGGCCGCAUACAUAAUGCUGGUCCCGUGGGCAAUGGCUACAUCCAUAAUGAUGGUCCCGUGGGCAAUGACCGCAUCCAGAAUGCUGGUCCUGGCGUCAUGCGCUCGACUGUGCCAGAAUUAAGCGCAGGUUCUGCGAGGAGCGCGGCAGACGCAGUCACCAGCAGUUCCGAGAGGAAAGAUAUCUAG